UCAAGCGACAACACAAGAAACAAUCGGUGGUCCUACAAUGCAAGCUUCUACGUUACAACCUACCGCAACAAAGCCAUUUACAACAACGACCGAAAUAACUGACCAGGUUACAACUGUAACAACAAAACCAGAAACGACAGCCACAACCACCGGUCAAACAACACGAGCUUCUACAAUCGCAUCUACCACAACAAAGCCGCUGACAACAACGAACGAAAUAACAACUGGCCAGGUUACAACUGUAACAACAAAACCUGCAACGACUGCCACAACCACUGGUCCUACGACAAGGGCUUCUACAGAAAUAUCUACAGCACCAAUUGAAAUAACAACUCCUCCAGUUACAACUUACAAAACAGUACUAGAGACGUUGAGUACAACUGUUGGUGUUACAACAAAGGCUACUACAACAGAAUCUACAGCUACACUUCCCUACACAACAAGUGGCAGCACCUCAACAGUGACAACAAAACCAGAAACAACAUUCACAACCGGUGCUCUCUCCACAAGCAUUUCUACAACAGAAUCUACAGCGACAAUUCUACAUACAUCAGAAAGUACAGGCACAGCCGCUGGUCCUACAUUAGAGCCUUCCACAGCAACAACAACGUCUACUACAACAACGCCGUUUACAACAACAAGUACAGAAACACCUGAACAGGUAACAACGAAAACAACGCAACCGGAAACAACAGCCACUACUGAUGAAGCUACCCCAACGAUGCCAUUUACAACGACACGUGAAAGUACAUAUGAUCAGAGCACAUCUACAGCAACAACAAAUGAGAUAACAAUUUACAACUAUAACAACACAACCGGAGACGACUGUACCAACCGCAGGUCUUACAACAAGGGCUUCUACAACAGGAUCUAUCCCAACAAUGCCAUUUACAACGACACGAGAAAGUACAUAUGA